AUCACUCGGGUCAUUUUCUGUGUCUUCCUCGAGACUGACUUUGCCAUCUACAAGAAGAAAAUUCCUGAAAUCUUUCAAGACAAUGACAUGGAGGUUACAGAGGAGCAGCUGCAGGGAGAUAACAAUCCUCCGUCUGCAAAAUCCAAGGAGGACAGCGAGGAGAGCGGCAGAGGUAAAGAGGAGGCAGGUGAUGAGGAAGAGGAUGACAACGAUGCUGCGGGAAAUGAAGACGUGGAGAUGGAGAGUCAAAACCCAGAUGAUAUCACAGAAACCCCGGAUCCCACUCAAGGAAAGGAUAAUGAUGACACCGAGAACCAGGACAAAGAGGAAGACGCAGGGGCCGACAGCGAUAACAAAAAAGACGAGAAAGACAAAAAAGACGAGGAAAAAGACACCGACAACCCGAAAGAGAAAGAUGAAGAAGAAGACAAAGGUGUGUACACAAAGCUGUGCAUGUUUGCUUUUUAUCCUUUCACAUCACAAACUUUGAG